AUGACAAAGUGCUGUAAUGUGAGUCGUGGCCGUGCCCUACUCUGGGUUUGGUGCUGGGGCUUCGUGGUGUACGAGCACAGGUCCCGGUUGGAAAAGUCUCUUCAGAAGGAGCGGCUGGAACACAAAAAAGCCAAAGAAGAUUUUCUCGUGUACAAACUUGAAACGCAGCAGAGCCUAAAUAAGGAAAAGUCAGACGCCAACGGCAGAUUUAACUCGUUACACGUCCAACACCAGAUGCUGAAGAACCAGCACGAGGACCUGAAGAAGCAGUACACCAACCUGCAGGAGACGCACCAGACGGAGGGGGAGGACCACAGCCGCCUCCUGGGGGAGCACAAGGAGCGGUACGACCGGCUCACCCAGGCCCGAGAGCAGGAGGUGGCCCAGCUCAAAGAAAGUAUGUCUAACCUGAGGGAGGAGAACAAGCAGCUGAGGAAGGCCCACCACGACAUCCACGUGCAGCUCCAGGAUGCACAGGUUCACCACCUCGAUCUGAAGGCGGCUCAUGAUCAGCUCGCUCUGACUCUGGAAGAUCACAAGAGUGCUCUGGCUGCAGCUCAGGUCCAAGUAGAUCACUACAAGCAGCUGAGUGUCCUGAAACAGUCUGAGCAUGCUGCUGUGGCCCUGUCCCACCCAGGAGCUGCACCUGCCUCCCACCAGCAGGCGGCGCCACAUGCCUCCAAAGAGGAGGAAAGCCUCAGUCUUGUCCAGCCAGCAGAGGGCGCCAAGCUGGACCACCAACAGGACGACCCGCACGCCCACGCCCCAGAGCCCCAGUCCCACCCCACUGAAGCCCACCACCCCCAGAAGGAUGAGAAUGGGGGCGCAGCAGAGGAAGACCAGGAGGGGGAGGCGGAGAGGCGCAGGGAGCUGGCUGAGGAGCACAUGGCUCAGGCGGGACAGCCCCAACAACUGGAGGAGGAGCCGGAGGAGGAGGGGGGACUCCCGGAUGAGAACGCCAUCGAACACCAGCAGGAACACAUGGAGCCGCACCCAGACGGACACGCCCAGGCUGCCCAGGCUGCGGCGGAGGGACAGGUGAAGUCUGCGUACGAGGAGCAGCGGGAGCAGCAGCGUCUGGAGGCUCAGCGCGCAGAGGAGCGCAGACACAUGCAGCAGAGACAAGAGCAGCUCCAGGUGGACAGACAGAAAGUCCUGAAGCAGAGGGAGGAGCGGCUGAAGGAGGAGCAGCACAGGGAGGAGCAGCAGCACCGCGACGCAGACCGACGAGAGCAGAUGCUGAGGGAGGAGCAGCACAGAAAGAAAUCCGAGUAUGAAAAUCUGGACAAUGACAUCGUGCACGGUGAAGUGGAGCAUCACAACAACGACGACGAAGAAGAACAAGAUAUGCACAUGCUCCGCGAUGAUGAGGAGGAGCAAGACACCGAUGACCACAGAGUGCCUUCACAUCAGCAGGGGGCAGUAGAGGUGGAACCGGACCCUGAGGAUGACCCCAACAACCAGGGAGAGGACGAGUUUGAGGAGGCCGAAGAAGAGCGAGUGCCGCACACAGACGCAGAGAACGAGGAAGAGGAGGAGGAGGAGGAGCCGGCAAUGAGACCCCACAGGGACACCCACCCAGGCCCCCACCCAGAGCCCCACGGGGACGAGGAGCUGGUGAUGGCAGGGAACCCAGAUAACCAAGAAGACGCACUGGACGACCAGUACCAAGAGGAAGGAGAGGAUGAGGCGCAGGAGGAGUUGGCCGACGGUGGGGCAAAGAAACAAGAUGAAGGAGAGGAGGAGGGAGAAGACACCUAUAAUGAACAGGAUGAGGAGAAAAACCAAGAUGAAACGGGAAAAGAACACGGCCACCCCAAUAACGAGGAGUAUGAGGAGGAGGAAGAGGAGGUGGAGGACGACACCGACGGGCAUCAGAAGCCCAGGGGCAGGGCGGAGAUGUAG